AUGGCCACUGCAACAAUAACGACAACUGCUGAAUCUACUACUUCCAAUUGUAAUAAUGUGUUGACAGGAACGUACCGGAUUGUCUAUCAAGAAAGCAACGGCGUCGGCAAUGAACCCGUUUUCUUUUUGGGAACCACCGAACAAUCCAAGACCCUUCAAGACGGCAUGUUGGCCAUUUGGAUGGGCAAGGCGGAACUCACAUUUCACAACAACAGUGACAAUACUGCCACCAUUUCGACAUGGGAACAAGACGACGACACCAAGCCGCGCUAUUGGGUGCCGGCCGGUGAAUUGACGGCUGGUAAAGAACUUGGGCAACAAUUGUUCGAAUGGAGACCCUCACCGCACCAAACCGACAAUUCGUUGUUUCAAGAGUACGGACGACCCAAGGACGACAAGGCGGCGUUUGACACGCAACAUCCCGAGCGUAAUUUCAUCGAGUUUACCAUUCACGAGAGUUUGGUAUCAUCAAGCGACAAGAUAGAUGGACACGAGUGGGAAUUUGUCAGCCCGGAGACAUUGACACAACUGGCGGCGACUUCUUGUAAGAGAGCUCAUUUUCAUACCACGAGUCCACAACAACAACAACAGGAGGAGGAGGAGGAACCUAGGGAAUAUGACUCGUUCAUUCUAUGCCGGCAACACGACUUUGACCAUGUCAAGGACCUGUUACUGGCGUCAGUCAAGGAAAACUACUAG